UUUUUUGGUUUGGUGAAGCCUGGCUCAGAGUGUUUAGCCUCAUCUAGCGGUAAAAUGUGAAACACACACACACACACACACACACACACUCGGUCUUUCCGCGGCGCGAGGGACUCCAGUUCAGUCAGUAUUGUGAGAUGAGCUGUUCAAGUCAUGGCGAGGAACGUGAUUCCGUGGAUUUGGCUGAGGAAGCCCAUCUACAUACAGGCUCGGUUCUCCUACUUGCACAUGAAGUACCUGUUCUUUUCCUGGCUGGCCGUCUUUGUGGGAAGUUGGGUGGUAUAUGUCGAGUACUCCUCCUAUACAGAGCUGUGCCGUGGACAUGAGUGCAAAAACACUAUUUGUGAUAAGUUCCAGAAAGGAGUGAUCGAUGGUACAGCCUGCAGCAGCUUAUGUGAGAAGGAGACGCUGUAUUUUGGGAAAUGCCUGUCUGCCAAACCCAGUAACCAGGUGUAUUCUGGGAGCUGGGGAGAUUUGGAGGGUAUCAUUAAGUGCCACAUGGAGGACGUUCCUCACUAUGACCUGGAAGGAGAGCUGGAGCCACGGAGAGAAUCAGCAGCCUUUAACAGGCCCACUAGAGGCACAUCUGUGGAGAAGUUCAGAGAGAUGGUCCUGAGCCAUUUAAAGGAGAAGGUGGGAGAUCAGGCCAACCUGCAUGACUUAGUGGCACUUGUGCUCGGCGUGGCUGAUGCCAACAAGGACAGCGAGAUAUCUCUGGCAGAGGCACGCUCAGCCUGGGCUCUGCUGCAGCUGAACGAGUUUUUGAUGGCGGUGGUUCUGCAGGGGCGGGAACACACACCAAGGCUGCUGGGCUUUUGUGGAGACUUGUAUGUAGUGGAAAAGGUGCCGUAUGCACCACUUUAUGGCCUCAGCCUGCCCUGGGCCGUGGAGUUAUGGCUUCCAGCAGGACUGCGCAGGAGAAUUGAUCAGUGGGUGACGCCGUCAUGGCCUCGCAAGGCCAAAAUUGCAAUCGGUCUCUUAGAACUGGUGGAAGACAUCUUCCACGGGCCAUUUGGCAGCUUUCUCAUGUGUGAAGUGAACGCAGCAUGCUUUGGCUACAACGAGCACCAUGACCUGAAGGUGCUGGAUGCCAGACGCAUCAUUCCUGAAGCUGCUUUCCAGAAAGUGAUGCGCGAGCGGCGGUGUGACGUUGACGCCGACUGUCUAUAUGGGGUAGAUUGCCACACCACCUGUGACCUCACCAAGCACCGCUGCACCACUGAGGUGACGCAGCCCAACCUGGCUAAAGUGUGUGCUGCACUGAAGGACUAUCUGCUCUAUGGAGCACCACAGGACGUGAAGGAAGAGCUGGAAAAGCAGCUGUAUGCAUGCAUGGCCCUGAGAGGAGCCACUGAGCAAAUGGAGAUGGAACACUCACUUAUCUUAAACAAUCUGAAGACACUGCUGUGGAAGAAGAUUUCACACACCAAGGACUCCAAGUGAAAACUGAGUUAGUGUAGUUCUCUGGACAUGAAUCAAACUAUAAAGGUUUCUAAUCUUAAAUAGAGCCUUCUAAUCUAUUGUUUUUCCCCUUAACUGAAGCUACUCUGGGCUCCCAAGCAAGGUAUCAUGAUGGUGCAGCUGUUGCAUCAUUGCUGCCUCAAAGCUCCAGGGUCACCGUGUUGGUCCUGAGGUCAAGUUCCUCUCUGUGCAGAGUUCUUCAUGGGCCUGUGUUAGUUUCCUCCUACCUCCAAAACGCUUUGCCACUAGGUGGAUUGGCUAUGCUAAAUUGGCCUGUGUAUGUGAAUGAGUAUGUGAAUGGUGCCCUGCUAUGGAACAGCAUCUUAUUCACAUAAAGCACUUACUAAAGAUGAAUGAAUGAGGUCCCAAGAGACCCAACUGUUUGUGGCUUGCCCCUAUCAGGAGAUUGCUAAUGAAAUCCUGUUGAUACCACAGCUAUUCAUGGCCAGAAGACCAUAAUUGGUCAUGCCCUCUGGGUGGUUAUGCCACAAGUAAUACACUAAAUCCAUGUUGUUACAUAAGCAGCACUUAUAUCACUGGCUGUCUUCAUGUGCCAAAUGAAACGUGUAGUAACUUUUCAUUAUCCAGCAGGGGAGACCUUAGCAUGAUGUGAGAAAAAGUGGGUUUGAGAAAUUGAUCAUGUACAAUUGGAACAAAUGUAUACUUCCAAAGUCUCACCUAUAUACACACCUUGCUGUAGAAGACGGACAUACUCGAGGCACAGCAUGAAGGAAAAUAAAAAGAGCAAAGAUCCUGCCAGUACUGAUGGAAGACUGAACUGCCACUGAGACCAUCAAACCGCAAUGUCCUAGUUUCUGUAUCAUAGAGGGGUGAAAUAUUUUGAAAGAUUUCUAAGCUUGUUCUUAUACUUUUCAUCUAUAAUUUAUUCCAAAUGUAAUUUUGUAGAGAGAUAAUGUAUAAAUAGUUUUCAGCAGCAGUCCUGCUCAGCUGUAUGUAGAAAGCCGUUUUAAAUGCUAUUUUAUUUUUAACCAAGUAAAUGAGGCAUGAUAUUUAUGUAAGUUAGAAGCAUGUGAUUAUUUGAAGAACUUGUAGCAUACAUGUACAAGUGUGGUUCUGAUUUUAGUUGGAAAAAUCAGGAUUACCAUCAGACUGAAAUCAAGCUGGGAAGAAAUACAUGUCGAAAUAAAGCCUUACCAUGUGAUAUUUUAAAAAUCAGGAGUAAUUGCAUGUCACUGCCCCAAACCGAACUAUAGCAGACUAAUUCCAAAAGUAUGUAUUUGGAAGAAGCAUAUUUGUCCAUAAAUAAGUCAAAAGUACUGUUAACUCAGUUCUUAACUCACAUUUCACACAAUGACUGAAUGUGCUGCAUUCCUAAAUAUGGUUUUUCUUAUAACUCAAACAUAAAUGAUCACAGGAAUUAGUUUUUCCUGUAACUCUGAAAAUAAACAUGAUCCAUUAGUUAAAGACUACUACUAAAUCUUAAAUUAUGGGAUUGUUUAAA